AUGGGACCCAAGCGUACAAGAACUGUGCCCUACAGUUAUAAUCCAGAUUUACCGGAAAAUUGGACUUCCGCACAAUUGAAAGAUUCUUUAAAAUCUCGCGGGAUCGCUUUCCCAGGCAAUGCGCGCAGGUCUGUGCUGAUUCGUUUACAUACAGACAAUGUAGCAAGUGCGCGAUCCCAUAAUGCAACGGAUCAGCUCAACAGUGAUGCUCCGCAAUCCCACAAUACACUAAACCAAAACAGAAAUGGCGGCGACCGUCAAAACAACACGCUGGUGGACAUCGUUUCAAAGUUAACAUCAACAGUUCAGUCCUUGCAACAAAACGUUAUAAAUUUAACAUCGAAGGUCAAUUCUAUGACACAAGGAGCUGGUCUGCAGACGAGUGCCAAUGCCUCCAGUACUGCGCAGAGCCAAAUUAGCCGCCCACUUAGCCAAGAAAGUUCGUCCGCCACUACUAGUUCCUCGACCCAAGACAGUUUUACAUUGGAUACAGCUUUUGCCCGCAUUUCGGAAGCGGCGGCCGGUUCAGCGGAACAAAUGGCGGAACCUCGGAGAACCCGCUAUGGAUUUGCUGCAGAGUCCCUUCCUCUGGUGGAAACGAUUUCGCCGCAGAUUCGUUCGCAGAUCACAGCAGAUGAAGAAAUUCCGGUCCCUUGCACCAGAAGCCGAUCCGAUUCCAACGCCUUGCCUUCAUCAUUUCGAGUUGCUAAAGAACUAAAAGAUCAGCUCCAGUAUCUGUGGGACUCAUCCUUGUGCAGUUCAACCAAGCGAACGUAUAGCUCAGCUUUACAGUGUUUUCUGUCCUUCGUAUGCAUGAGUGGAAUCGUGUUCCAUUCUACUUGUCUACCUUCAGUAAAUGAGAGCUUGUUAGUGUACUUUGUCACUCAUUGUAAAUCUGUUUUAAAACUAAAAUAUGACACAAUUAAGUUGUAUUUAGCAGGCAUAAGGUAUUAUUAUAUAAGAUCAGGUUAUGGUGAUAUUUUGAAUGGGUGUGAUCAGCUUCAUUAUGUAUUGCGUGGUGUUAAAAGAUCUCAGAACAAUGUUAUAAACGAUAAGCGUCUACCGAUAACACCUAAUAUUUUGAAGCAAUUAUGGCAGGUAUUAGAUAUGGGGGCUUUUUCUCCCUUUGUAGAUCUCAUGUUAAAAUGUAUGUUUUCAUGUGCAUAUUUUGGGUUUCUUAGAUGUGGAGAAAUUACCUGUCAGAAGGCUAAUUCCGAACAUUUUUUACAAAUUAUUGAUGUCAGUUUUGGAAUUGAUUUUUAUGUAUUAAAGUUGAGAUCUUCUAAAACGGAUCCAUUUUCUAGAGGUGUAAAUAUUACUAUUUAUGAAAAUGAAGUUUUUAAGCCUGUACAUACUAUGCGUCUAUAUCUGCAAGCUAGGAAAGCCUUACCAUGUAAUCCUCAGUCACCCUUGUUUAUUGAUGAUGAAUUUAACCAUUUACCUAUGCUUAGAGAUACUUUUAUACAACAGCUGAGAUCUUUACUUAUGCGAAUUGGCCUGAAUGAUACUAACUACGCAGGACACUCCUUCAGAAUAGGUGCCGCCACAGCUGCUGCUGCAGCAGGGAUUGAAGACCACGUUAUAAAAGACUUAGGAAGAUGGUCUUCAGACUGUUAUGUGAGAUAUAUUAGAACUGAUUCUGAGGCUAUUAAAAGAGCUCAAAGAAGACUGUGCCAUUUUGAAUCUGGAAAAUAGUGUUAAGCUUAACAUUCCUACAUGUUGUAUGCAAUCUCUGAAACUGGCUGCUAUUUUAAAACCUGAAAUGUAAUGUAAAGUUUAACAAAUUUUUUUUUUUUUUGUAUACAAUCUCUGAAAUUAUACUGUAUACAUAUCCUUGGGGGCUUCACUCAUUCUUCGUUCAUUUGGCGUCUAUUCCUGGGGAAUUUUACCCCCAAGUCUAUGUUUGUUUUUUGUUCAUUAGUAUUAUAUAUAUUACACCUUUUUUCAUGCAAUUUUUAUUCAUAUACAUAGGUAGUUGUUGAAUUGUUAUAGUUUUAGACUAGUAUUUAGUUUCCACUGGCCUGCUGGGAUCAGCCCCAGGCAUGGUUUUCUCGCUCUCAGAUGCCUGCUGGGAUCAGCCCCGGGCAUGGUUUUUUCUCGGUCGUAGAUGCCUGCUGGGAUCAGCCCCGGGCAUGGUUUUUUCUAGGUCGUAGAUGCCUGCUGGGAUCAGCCCCGGGCAUGGGUUUCUCGCUCUCAGUUGCCUGCUGGGAUCAGCCCCGGGCAUGGUUUUUCUCGGUCGUAGAUGCCUGCUGGGAUCAGCCCCGGGCAUGGUUUGAUGUUUCUUUGAUGCCUGCUGGGAUCAGCCCCGGGCAUGGUUGGGAUCCUUACACUCCUGGGGUCAGCCUGGA